UCCGGAACGCGAAAAUUGUGGGAGAGAGAGAGAGAGAGAGAGUGGCAGGGACGAGAUAGUGAGUAGAGGAAGAGCUUCCAUUGAUGGAUCUCGAGGCGAAAGCUCUUCUGUUGGAAAGCCUUGAGAGUGGACCGUUCCCAUAGAUCUUUUGCUUGUAAUCGUUCGGGAAGAGAAGAGAAUGUGACAUUUUUGGCGCUUCGAGGUCAUAAUUGUGUAAAGCUGAGUUGUAAUAAUCAUGGGCAUUUCUGCAAAGUGGUUUAAAUCACUUGUCGGGACUAAAAAGCAAGAGAGGCAGCCAAGCUUGGGCAACUGUGAGAAUAAACUACAGAAAAAUGAUGGAACAACUCACUUUUGGCAUCGAAGAAACCAUUCUGUAGAUUUUGAUACUGCUACAACAGAGGAGUUUGUGGAGAAGAUGAAUCUAUCAGCAGGAGAUAUUAUCCAAACAAGUUCAAAUUCAGAAUCCUCUCCUGCAACCUCACUUCAUGUGCAGCUGUCUUCCCAGUCUCGUUCUGAACAAAGUGUAAAGGAGGAAUGGGCUGCAACUGUCAUUCAAACUGCUUUUCGAGCUUUCCUGGCCAGGCGUGCUUUGAGAGCUUUGAAAGGGCUUGUUAGACUGCAGGCUCUUGUUAGGGGCCAUGCUGUCAGGAAACAAGCUGCAAUAACCCUUCGUUGUAUGCAAGCAUUAGUGAGAGUUCAGGCACGAGUCAGAGCAAGGCGAGUGCGCAUAGCCUUAGAAAAUCAGCUCGGUCAGCAAAUGGUUCAACAACAGCUUACAGAAGAUGCGCGUGUAAAAGAAAUAGAGGAAGGUUGGUGUGACAGUGUUGGUUCUGUUGAGGAAAUUCAAGCAAAGUUGUUAAAAAGGCAAGAAGCAGCAGCCAAACGUGAGAGAGCCAUGGCUUAUGCUCUUUCUCAUCAGUGGCAAGCUGGAUCCAGGCAGCAGAUUGUCCCUUCAGGUUAUGAACCGGAUAAAAAUAACUGGGGCUGGAAUUGGUUAGAAAGAUGGAUGGCGGUCCGUCCAUGGGAAAACCGUUUUCUGGACAUUAAUCUAAAAGAUGGAGUAAUGAUUAAUGAAAAUGAAGCAGUAGAGGGGAAGCCUGGAAUCAAAUCUGUUGUAAAGCCUUCCGGGAGGAAGCCUAUUUCUUCUCUUCAUUCAAACAGUUCCAAUCAGAAAACUGCUCUCUUCCCCUCUGAUGUUUCCUCAUCAAACCGUUCUGUAAAAAUGGCGGAUGCCUCCACCCUGCCUUCAGAAAAGGCAAAAUUGAAAAUAUCAGCAGAAGGGGUGCUUGGAGAGUCUAGUUCUAGACCUUAUGGUUUGGUAUCACGGUCCAACAGUACUCCAAAAGAAAGGAAUCCUCAGUUUGAUUCACAGGAUAGGAAGAGAUUGUCCUUACCCCCCAAUGGUGCAGCACCAAAGCACUCAGCUAUCAGGAAUUCAGCUAGCAAGGCAAGCAGUGCACAAAAGACCAUCAAAGAGACUCCCAAAUCAGAUAGUGUGAAUCCAACAAAUCAGGUUCCAAAGAGAGUUGAGAUCCGAACAUGAUAAGCUAAUCACAAGUAAGCUCAUUACUUGCUAUCUCUGUAUUCUCGUCAUGUACAUAAAGCAUGAUAACCCUUUUACAUUUGUGUUGUAUCUAUCAUACUCAUAUUCAUAUUUCCUACACUAUUGUUGAGAGGAUUUUAAGGAAGCAUUUCUGCAUAGAAAAACCAAUGGAGAGCUCAUCCCCAUGCUGUACAACUAGUUAAUUGUUCUUCAUCCAUCCUUUUUUUUUU